GCGUCGCGUGACGCAGCGCGCGCUCCUCCCCGCGGCAGUUGCCGGGCGCGGGGCCCGGUCCGCGGGCGGGGGUUUAUGGCGGCGGCUCUGUCCGCCCUGGCUGCCAGGCUCUCCCAGUCGGCCGCGGCCAGGUCCUACGGGGUGUUCUGCAAGGGGUUGACCAGGACUCUCCUCAUCUUCUUCGACCUGGCCUGGAAGCUCCGCAUCAACUUCCCCUACCUCUACAUUGUCGCCUCCAUGAUGCUCAAUGUGCGGCUGCAGGUCCAUAUUGAGAUCCACUGACUUUUGACCUGGUGUGCUGCUUGCACCAUAUGCUGCAACUAGAGUCGAUCACACUUUUCUUCAAGUUCAGCUUGUUGUGAAACAGCAAAGCUAUGCUCCUCUUCUCCAGGACUAUGAAGAAAGCAGAUUUAAACCAGAAACAAGUGCGUGACCGUGGCCAAGAUCAUCACAAGGCAGCAGCUCACCUGACACACUUACAUUCCGUGUUGAACAAUUCUCAAACUCAUAGGAUCAGUUUACAAGAAUUAUUUUAUUUUAACACCAGGAAUUGUUCUCUCUUUAAUACUACACCUCUGUCUUCUGUUGGCAAGGAAACACCUUGGAGUUUGAGUGAAGCAGCAGGGAGAAACUCGAGUGCAGCUGCUCCUUGGAAGGAUUUGUUUCAUCUGCAUUCUUCUUCUGGGAAAGACAGCCUUGCAAGGGUUUCUCACUGCAUUAACAGUAUUUCAGUAAUGGGCUGGCUAGAGAAAUCUUGUAGUUUUGCUGGAGACUUCAGCUCAUGCUGUCUAGGAGACCACUUUGUAUGUUUUGCACACUUCUGGCUGGGAAACUUGGAGUAUAAUAAAACCCUGCAGCGUCUGGAAUUAGAAAUGAUCAGCAGCAAAGAGAAUGAAUUGCAUCUUGCAUUUCGUAAAGAGUUGGAGCUUGAUGGAUUUCCUGAUGUCUGUUCCGUUCCAUUUGCCUCACUGAACACCUAUGCUGUGGGACUCUUAAACAGCCAGAAACUGUGUUUUCCCCUUUGUUAUUUAAACCUUGUAUCUUCAGAGCAAACACCUGGCUACAGGCAAAUGCUUUCAAAUAUACAAAAUGUGACUAACAAUUUUCACAUCUUGCAGCUAGUAAUUUCUGUGCUAGCUUUUGCACUAGCAGGUCUAUGGUAUGCAGUAGUGAAGGUAAAAAAGUACUAAGACUAAUAAUUACUGGAUUUAACAUUAAUAGAAACUUAAUUGACUAAAUAACAGAGGCAAGGUUAGAGUUCAGGUUUUAGUGAGAAAUUGCUAAUAUAAAAAUUUUACUUGUGUAAAUGCUAGUAAAACUGGCUGUUGGAGUAAUAGAGACUUUUAUAAGGAAUAUGUGCAUCUGAGUGCAAAGAACUUAAGUUUUAGAACUCUUUGGGACUUCUGCAGGUCUGCCAUUAACAGUAGACUAGAACCCACUUUGAUUGUUCAGCACAAAUUCUUUUCUUUAGGGUUUGUUUUAGCAGAGUGUUCUGGCUACUGUUUACAACAUUUCCAAUGAAACUGUUCCUUGGAGGAUUGAAUGCCUGCUCUGAAUCCAACAGUAACUAACACUAUCAGUCUCUAAAACACUUUGAAUUGGAAAGCUGUUGGGAGGGUGUUCUUCAAUACAGCAUAAUUCUCCAGUGUUCCUUUUCAAGGAUGGUACUGCCCUAAUUUAAACAAUAUCUCAUGAGCUUUAUUGCACUACAAUAGACGUUAUAAACAAUUUUCUAAGAGAAUGUUUUCUUUCCUUGGAAAAGUGAUUGUUAUCACUGAAGCAUAGCAAUCAUUUCUGGGCCUAUUGACUUUGGCUUUGGGACAGACUUCUGACAACAGAGUUUGGCAAAUGGACCAAGCAUGUUGGAAUCAAUAGAGCUGCUUGUGAAUAAGAAUUUGCAGGAAUAUACUCCCAUGGGCACCUAGGUGGAGAAACUCAUUGUGCGGUAGGUCAAAGUUUGAACUCUGCGUCCAGAAUUCUCAGCAAGGGACUUGGUGUAGGUGAGGUUAAUGCGCUCUAGGGCCUUACCUAAAGAAGAGGGUGUUGAUGCGGUGAAUUAGGAUGCAUUUUCAGUUCACCCUUUACAUUGUCCUCACUUUUAACUUGGAGCCAAGUCAUGCCAGUGGUUCAUACACCAGUUAUCCUUUCUGACAGCUAGCUACUUCAUUUUGGAAAGAGAAUAAGUGACGUUGCAUUUAGCUUGAACUGAAUUCAUCUGCAAAGCCAGCAGAGUUUCUGGUGUGGUGUUUGUUCAGAUGUUAGCAAACUUGUAUGGAGAAGUCCUUGAAUCUGAAGAUGAGAUGCUGAUUAUCAGUGUUGUGGGGGAAAUACUAGAAUUUUUUUAACCUUAUUUGAGUGCUGAAAGUAAGUUAUACUAGUUUUUAUAUUAAAUGAUAUGUUAUGGUUUUAUUAGCUCUAUUGGUUGGCUAUUUCUUCUGGACAGUAGAGCUAAAAAGCCGUUUACUUUAAUUCAGAAAAUUACUUUUUCCCUGGUGUGUACUUUUAUUAACUGUUUAACUUCUAGACUUUUGACAUAUGGCUACCUGUUACAAAAUUACCAAAAACACUAAAAUAAUAGUGGAUUAGGUAUUGUAAGUAAUUAUUUUGAAAGCAACAGUUUCCUCUGAGUCAAAUCAUGCCUACUAUUCACUCCAUCUUCACUGCUGCAAUUAUCACCCUUGCAGUGGAUCAAGAUUGCUGAAGCGAUGUGCAUCUGACCUCCCUCAAAACACCAGAAACAAAGCCACUCCUCCAAACGUCCGUGGCUUUAUUUGAGUGAUGGUGUUGAGCCGUUGUCUGGAUACAGUUUGACCCAAAAAAUGCUUGGCAGAGCUGAGGGCAGAGGAAUGAAGGUGGAGAGAGGUUGGAGCUUGUUUAAGCUGGAUUGAUUACUAAAGAAAACAUUGUGCAACUGCAUCUUAAUCUAACUAGAUAUAUAUAGGUAAAGAAAUAAUCUAUUCUGUAUGAAAAGCUGCCUUUAUUUUAAGUUGCACAUAAACACAAUCCUGCAUCUACAACUGAGUGCCUGAACUUCCUGCAUAAUGAAGUGAUUGGCACAGUUGUACCUGUAGUUGUUGAGACGUCAACUGUUCAGCUGAGCAGUUUGGCCUGGAAGAUUCUCUACUCUGCUGUCCAUUGUUUGGGAACCAUGUAUUUAGGGAACCAUAGUUAUGUAUGACAAAAGCUUGUAGAUGAUGUCAAGUUAAUAGGCAAGAGGAGUAGCUAAAGGGAUAAAGACAUUAAUCCAGUUUUUAACGCACCUACUCUGUUGAUGAUUUUAAAAGGAAAGAAAGGGGGGCAGAGGAGACAUAAGAGAAGCCAUCUGUAAAUUAGAAUUUAAAUGUGUAUACAGUGGGAUGCCAAGAGUUGUCUCUUUAUUGAUGACAAACCUAUCCAGGAGGAGAUCUUGGAACUUUGAAUCCUGUUACGUAUUGCAGUCCAGCUAAUACAGUGCUGUUUUAAGCAAACUUUGCUUUGAGUGGCCUUUAAUCACUUAUUACAGAAUCACUUUAAAUACAUCUACAAUACAGUUAAGUGAAAUGAUGGAUUUUAUUUUGUGUACUAUAUGUAUAUUGAACAUAAGAUACAAAGAAUAUAUCUUAAGUGAGUGGAUUUAAUCCAUUUUAAGAUAGAUUAUGUACUUUGCCUUGGAUUUUGUUGCUUAAAACCUAAAAGAUAACUUUUUAACUUGAACAUUCCUUAUGAAAUUCAAAUAAAGGAUAAUUUGGUAUGUUGAAAUGUCACAUAAUAUACUGCACUUUAAACUCGGGGAGGCCAUGAAUUGAAAGUGCUGUUCUUGCACUAAUAGAACUCUUUGACUGAUGGCCCCAACGCUCAAAUGGCUUUUCCUGUCUAUGAGAAAACAGUGAACCAGAAAGAUGGCAAUCCUCUGAAACUAUAUGUAAAUCAGACACUGUAUGGUUUAGACCACUGUUCUCUUCCUACAAAUGUUUUGAUAUUAACUCAUCUCAAAAGACAGAUGUCUCAGCUAAGAACCAGUCUGCAUGGAGUUCCGUGGCUUCAGUAAAUCAGAUGUGCUUUUCUAAGUAAAUGUGCUCAUGGGGCUGAGACUCUUGGAUGAUCAUUAUAGUACAGAAGAAUAACAUUUUUUGUAGGGGUAAGGGACCUUUAUACUGAACCAGGAGUUGCCUUCUCAUUUCCAGUUCCUCUCUCAUCUUGCUCUUCUGUUGGUGUUGGAAAGAGGUAUUUCUAAACAAAAUUUCAGGUUUCUACUAAGCAAUUCAUGCUUUCUAGAGUGGAUCAGUGUCCAGAUCCUUCCUGCACUACAUAGCAGAGUUCUAUUUCUGCCAUUAGAAAACAAGUUAAGCAAGAAAAUACUCAGUAUUUAGAGAAUUGCCUAGUACUUUCCCAUAAAUAUACACUUGAGUGGAAAUUUACUAUAUGGUGUACUGCUUUGAAAAAGAAAAUAUACUUUUAAAUGUGUGUACACAGAGCUCUGCAUGUAGCUAAAAAGUGUUUUAUCACAGUGUGAUGUUGGAAUGCUUAUGCAAAUACUUAUUUACUUUCUGACAUUACAAUGCAAAAUGCAGUAGAGUUGGUGAUAUACUUCUCAGUGUGAUAUUAGCUAGUGCAAACUUGGGAAUCAUCUGUGUGCAUCAUCGUGCACCAUGAGAGUGUUAUCUGUAGACACUUAGCCUUUAGCUUUGUCAGUGUGAGUUGGUUUUUUUGUUUGUUUGGGGUUUGGUGAUUUGUUGAUUGGUUUCUUUUUGGUGUGGUUUUUUUUUUAGGACUGUAAAGACUGCACUUUCUUAAACUUUGCCAAAGUUUGCAUUCUUUCUCUUUUCCUCCCUUGCCCCUCCUUACAGGUAUACACGCUUUUUAAUUUUUGGAAGAAGCAAGCCUUUACACACUUUCCUAAUGUAUCAUCUUAUUGUCAAGUUGUUCCUUUUCUUUCUAUGGCCUGGUCUUGCCUAUAUUUUCCUGUUCUUCACUCACCAUCAUUUAUCAGGAUAAGCAUAUGCUGAUGUUCUGUUACAUUUCAGAAACACUCCCUUGUAAAUUAAUUAUGCAUAACAAAUUGAUAGAAACUAGGUGAAGAUGCGAGUGUCCAUAGUCUAUCAUUAGGGUGCAUGACCAGUGGUACAACAAACAGAGCAAUAGGUAGUCAAUGUGACAUAUUUCUACUUUUCCCCUUCAAAACAGCUGCUUCGAUUAAAAUCUGAUAUUUAACUCAAAUCUGUAGUACCUUGGUCAGCUGGGAAUUGCAGCGAAAAUUUGGGGCUUUUGAGAUCAAAACUUGAACAGUUACGCUAGCUUUGAGACUCCAGGUUUUUAAGUCACUACUUUUUCAAAGAGUCACAUGAAUGUUAAUAUUUUGAAACUUUUUUUUUUCCUAAGAAUGCAUAGAAUAAAGUGUGUUCUGACAGUUAUUUCUGUGAUGCAGUCAGUAACUGGGGAAAAAAAAACUUUUAAGAUUUUUUUUUUUUUUUAAAACACUUGUCAUGAAUCCCCUUUUGACAUCUCUGACUACAAAGCCUCUAAUCCUCAAGGAAGAGCUGCAGUCAAUAGAACUUUCAAGUAAACAACUUGUUCCCUAUGAAAAUAUUAAUAUUUCAGCUCACAUACUUAAAUACAAGGACAUAGAUAUCAAUUUGCUGGCAGUGUGAAAAGAAUAGUAUGGAAGUGCUAGCAUGAUGCUAUCCCUUACCACCCUGCACUAAGUAAAUCGUGUUGGUGUGUACUUCGAAAAUAACUCUAUAUUGCAUCCCAAAAUCUCAGUUAUCAAAGGGUGGUUUUGGAACUGGUGAAACAAGAUUUGGACCAAGUAGAUGGUUAUUUCCUUGUUAAUGAUUAUAUCCAAUUUAAAAGCUAAAACAUUUUAGAAAAAAAUUUAAAAAUAGCAAAAAUGGUUAAAACUCAGACUUGUAAACGUUUAAUUUUCUUGUAGUCAAUUUUACCUAUUUUCAAAUACAAAAAUACCUAAAUAUAAUUUGAGCUUUUGUUCUUAAAAGUGGCUAAAUCUAAUGCUUAGUGCCUGACUCAUCAUUUAAAGUUGAGUGUUCUAUGAACUUCCUUGAGAGUGGGUUCUGCUACCAACACUGGUUUUAAAUGCUGACACUUACUAAUACUUCCUGUGAACUGUGAUGUGAUCCAUGCAGAACAAUUUUAGUCUGUGGCCUUGGUCUUUGGUCCUAAGGUGGUUUGGCUUUGUUUUUUUUUUUACUUGCAAUAUGGUGAAUGGAGAAGGCUGGAACAAACCCUUUUUGUUUGUUGCAGAGAAAUAUGUUUACAACUUUGUAUGUAUUUUAGAAAUUUAUUGUAACACUUUUUAACUUGUGAGAGGAGUUUCCAUAGUAAACUUGAAACCUGUUAUGCUAAGGAGGUGAAUACAGGCUUUUGAAUAAUCUAAGCUUCCAGAAGCUGCUGACGGUGAUGCUGCUCACACCACAAGAGGGAGUUAAACACCGGUCUUUAAAAUGUUUUCAGUUAUUGCAUCUUUUUUUAGUACAGUGCAUUUCAGUUUAUAAAUAUGCUGACUUUGACUUGUCUUAUGGAUUGUCACUGUACAUAGUUAAUGUACAAAAUCAAUAUGCAGCCGUAAGGUAUUGUAACUGUUUACAACUGAACUCUGAAUACUGACAGACGGGUUUUAUUGAGCUAUUUAAAAACAAAUAAAAAUCUUUUAAAAAAUCA